ACGACGUCGUUUCACAUGGUUGCACUUGCACCCCCUCUAUCGGCGGCUUCUUGCCGUCAAGGCUUCAGAAUCAAUCAGUAAUAUGACUUCGUAUCCGUCUUUGAGAUUACUCACAAACACUUUGCCAAACCCAAUCCUUAGAAGUGGAAGAAGCAUUCAGUAUCAUACUGGACCUCUAUUUCAAUCAAAUGCAGUUGCCGUCGAUCCCAGAUUCUCGGGUAGUGUGGAACAUGAUCCUUCGGAAGCUGCACAUCAAUUGUUCGAUCAAAUGCCUCUUAGAGGCCUUAAAGAAUAUAACCGAUUGCUCUUCUAUUACUCUCAAAGUGACCAAACCCGGGAAGCUCUCCAUUUGUUUGUGCGUCUUUGUCGUUCUGGUUUACCCAUUGAAGGGCCCAUCUUGUCCAGCGUUUUGAAAGCUUGUGCUAGUUCUCUUGACGGCAUGGUGGGUAGGCAAGUGCAUUGUCAAUGUAUGAAGUCCGGAUUUUUACAGAAUGUCAGUGUAGGAACUGCUCUUGUUGAUAUGUAUAUGAAAAAUGUGUGUGUAAGAGAUGGGAGAAGGGUGUUUGACGAGAUGGAGGAGAGAAAUGUGGUCUCAUGGACUUCGUUGCUUUCAGGUUAUUCAUGGAAUGGAUAUGAUGAUCAUGCAUUGGAACUAUUCUGUCAGAUGAGAGUUGAGGGAUAUAUGCCUAACCAUUAUACUGUUUCUACCAUUAUCGGAGCUCUGGCCAACCACGGUGCAGUGGAGGUAGGAAUUCAAAUCCAUGCUAUGGUUAUAAAACAUGGUUUUGAGACUAUGACACCUGUAUGCAAUUCUCUAAUCAACAUGUAUUCAAAAUCAGGCAUGUUAAGAGAUGCUGGAGCUAUUUUUUAUAGUAUGGAGAGCAAGGAUUCAGUUUCUUGGAAUAGUAUGAUUUCAGGAGAAGUGACGAACGGGCAGGAUUUGCAAGCUUUAGAAAUGUUUUAUCACAUGCAAAUUGCAGGGGUUAAGCCUACUCAAUCGACAUUUGGUAGCAUUAUCAAGUCAUGUGCCAAUCUGAAAGAAUUGGAUUUCGUAAGAUUGCUACAUUGUAGGACUUUGAAGAGCGGGUAUUCAAAUGACCAAGGUACCAUAACUGCACUGAUGAAUGCAUACUUAAAAUGCAAAGAAACGGAUUAUGCUUAUCAUCUUUUGUCCUUGAUGAGUGGGGGUCAGAAUGUGGUGUCAUGGACUGCUAUGAUCAAUGGAUACUUGCAGAAUGGUAACACCGAGCAUGCUGUGAAUUUGUUUUCCCAGAUGAGGAGGGAGGGUGUCAAACCAAAUCAUUUUACAUACUCUACCAUCCUUAAAGUACAAAAUGCUGUUUCCAUUUUCCAAAUACAUGCAGUGGUUAUCAAAGCUAACUACGAGAAAUCAUCUUCAGUUGGAACUGCACUUUUAGAUGCUUAUGUUAAGAUAGGAUAUAUUAAUGAUGCUGUUAAAGUUUUCGAGGUUAUUGAAGCUAAGGACAUAAUUGCCUGGUCGGCAAUGAUAGCUGGAUUUGCACAAACAGGUGAAACUGAAGAAGCUGUUAAAAUCUUCCUCCAAUUGUCAAGGGAGGGGAUUAAACCAAAUGAGUUUACCUUCUCUAGCAUCAUCAAUGCAUGUUCUUCUUCGACAGCAUCAGCAGAACAGGGAAAGCAAUUCCAUGCUUUUGCAAUUAAAAUGAGAUUAAAUAAUGCUUUGUGUGUGAGUAGUUCCCUUGUUACUAUGUAUUCAAAGAGAGGCAAUAUUGAAAGUGCACAUGAAGUUUUCAAGAGGCAGGGGGAGAGGGACUUGGUUUCAUGGAACUCAAUGAUCUCUGGAUAUGCACAACAUGGUCAUGCAAAUAAAGCUGUAGAGGUAUUUGAGAAAAUGCAAAAUCAAAACAUGAAGGUGGAUGCUAUAACAUUCAUUGGUGUCAUUUCUGCCUGUACCCAUGCUGGCUUGGUGGAUGAAGGGCAACGUUAUUUUAAUAUGAUGGUCAAUGAUCAUCACAUUGGCCCCACAAUGGAGCACUAUUCUUGCAUGAUUGAUCUAUACAGCCGGGCAGGAUUGCUGGGCAAAGCCAUGGAUAUUAUAAAUGGAAUGCCGUUUCCCCCUUGCACAACGGUGUGGCGUACUCUCUUGGCAGCUUGUCGAGUACAUCGAAAUAUGGACCUUGGAAAACUUGCUGCAGAAAAACUUAUUUUACUUCAACCGCAACACUCAGCUGCAUAUGUCCUGUUAUCCAAUAUGUAUGCUGCGGCAGGAAAGUGGCAAGAGAGAGCCAAUGUGAGAAAGCUAAUGGAGAAGAGAAGAGUGAAAAAGGAAGCAGGGUAUAGCUGGAUUGAAGUAAAAAACAAGACAUACUCAUUCCUGGCUGGUGAUUUAUCACAUCCUAUGUCAGACCAGAUUUACUCAAAACUUGCUGAGUUAAAUAUCAGAUUGAAGGAUGCAGGCUAUCAACCUGAUACAAACUAUGUGUUUCAUGAUGUUGAGGAUGAACACAAAGAAGCCAUUCUUUCUCAGCAUAGUGAAAGGUUAGCCAUUGCCUUUGGGUUAAUAGCUACAGUUCCUGAAGUUCCCAUUCAAAUUGUGAAAAAUCUUAGAGUUUGUGGAGAUUGCCAUAAUUUUAUCAAGUUAAUAUCACUCGUUGAACAAAGAUACAUUGUUGUUAGGGAUUCAAACCGAUUUCACCACUUCAAAGGUGGUUUAUGUUCAUGUGGAGACUACUGGUAAUGAAUGGGAUUGGGCAUAUCUGUUUUGGAGAUCUUGAGUUGAGGAAAAGAUCUUUUUUUCCCAAAGGACAUUUAUAACCUCUCUAGAUUGCAGAAUUCUUAUGGGAACCUCUAUCCAAAGAUGACAAGAAAUGAGAUCCUUAGGAUAUCAUGAUAAGAUCAAGGCUAUUUAUGCUUGUCUUUUUCCCGUGAAUUAUGGCAGAGAAGGGUCAUUUUUGUUACCCACUCUGGGGAAGGGCAUUAUGAUACUCUCUUCAAUUUGAGAAAGAUGAUGUGUCCGUAGAAACCCAUAGAAAUAUAUGAUUGUAUAGAAUCACUAUACCUAUAAAAUUUGUUGAAAGCCACAUUAAUCAUUAGUCAUGAAUAGUUCGUCUUAUCUUGAA